GAGAAAACAAACCUCAGAGAGGCGGCAUCUGCGUGGCCAAUCACACCACGCCCAUCGACGUGGUGAUUCUGGCCAAUGACGGCUGCUACGCCAUGGUGGGCCAGGUCCAUGGUGGUCUGAUGGGUGUCCUCCAGAGGUCCAUGCUGAGGUCGUGUCCUCAUGUAUGGUUCGAAAGGUCGGAGAUGAAGGACCGCCACGCCGUGACCAGCAGGCUCAGAGCUCACGUCGCAGACAAGGAUAAACUUCCCAUUCUGAUUUUUCCUGAAGGAACCUGCGUCAACAACACGUCUGUCAUGAUGUUUAAGAAAGGAAGCUUCGAGAUCGGAGGAACCAUCCACCCUGUGGCCAUAAAGGUGAACUACAGGGUCACCACACAGGUCACAUGACCACAGGGAAGUGAGGGAGGAAGAGAG